UCAACGACACAAGAAUCGACUACAGGUGCAUCGACUACACAAAGUCCUACAUCAACAGAAGAAUCAACAACAGCAGACCAAUCGACGAAAAUUGCCUCAACUACACAACAAUCAACAACAGUUGAGUCAACAUCUAUAGAUGAUUCAACGACAAGACUGUCAACCACACAGCAAUUUUCAACAGACAAGUCGACUACACAACAAUCAACUUCAAGAGAGUCGACAACAGAAGAUUUGACAAGCGAAGAGUUAACUACUAUUAUGUCAACUACAAAGCAAUCAACAACAGAGGACUCGACUAUCGGAGACGGAUCAACUACUGGCGCCUCAACGACACAAGAAUCGACUACAGGAGCAUCGACUACACAAAGUCCUACAUCAACAGAGGAAUCAACAACUGCAGACCAAUCGACGACAAUUGCCUCAACUACACAACAAUCAACAACAGUUGAGUCAACAUCUAUAGAUGAUUCAACGACAAGACUGUCAACCACACAGCAAUUUUCUACAGACAAGUCGACUACACAACAAUUAACUUCAAGAGAGUCGACAACAGAAGAUUUGACAAGCGAUGAGUUAACUACUAUUAUGUCAACUACAAAACAAUCAACAACAGAGGACUUGACUACAGGAGACGGAUCAACUACUGGCGCCUCAACGACACAAGAAUCGACUACAGGUGCAUCGACUACACAAAAUCCUACAUCAACAGAACCGUCAACAGAAGAAUCAACAACAGACGACCAAUCGACGACAGUUCCCUCAACUACACAACAAUCAACAACAGUUGAGUCAACAUCUAUAGAUGAUGCAACGACAAGACUAUCAACCACAGAGCAAUUUUCAACAGACAAGUCGACUACACAACAAUCAACUUCAAGAGAGUCGACAACAGAAGAUUUGACAAGCGAAGAGUUAACUACUAUUAUGUCAACUACAAAGCAAUCAACAACAGAGGACUCGACUACAGGAGACGGAUCAACUACUGGCGCCUCAACGACACAAGAAUCGACUACAGGUGUAUCGACUAGACAAAUUCCUACAUCAACAGAGGAAUCAACAACUGCAGACCAAUCGACGACAAUUGCCUCAACUACACAACAAUCAACAACAGUUGAGUCAACAUCUAUAGAUGAUUCAACGACAAGACUGUCAACCACACAGCAAUUUUCUACAGACAAGUCGACUACACAACAAUUAACUUCAAGGGAGUUGACAACAGAAGAUUUAACAAGCGAUGAAUUAACUACUAUUAUGUCAACUACAAAACAAUCAACAACAGAGGACUCGACUACAGGAGACGGAUCAACUACUGGCGCCUCAACGAUACAAGAAUCGACUACAGGUGCAUCGACUACACAAAAUCCUUCAUCAACAGAACCGUCAACAGAAGAAUCAACAACAGACGACCAAUCGACGACAGUUCCCUCAACUACACAACAAUCGACAACAGUUCAGUCAACAUCUAUAGAUGAUUUAACGACAAGACUGUCAACCACACAGCUAUUUUCUACAGACAAGUCGACUCCACAACAAUCACAACAAUCAACUUCAAGGGAGUCGACAACAGAAGAUUUAACAAGCGAAGAGUUAACUACUAUUACGUCAACUACAAAACAAUCAACAACAGAGGACACGACUACAGAAGACGGAUCAACUACUGGCGCCUCAACGACACAAGAAUCGACUACAGGUGCAUCGACUACAAAAAAUCCCACAUCAACAGAAGAAUCAACAACGGCAGACCAAUCAACGACAAUUUCCUCAACUACACAACAAUCAACAACAGUUGAGUCAACAUCUAUAGAUGAUUUAAUGACAAGACUGUCAACCACACAGCAAUUUUCUACAGACAAGUCGACUACACAACAAUCAACUUCAAGGGAGUCGACAACAGAAGAUUUAACAAGCGAAGAGUUAACUACUAUUACGUCAACUACAAAACAAUCAACAACAGAGGACUCGACUACAGAAGACGGAUCAACUACUGGACUCGACUACAGGAGACGGAUCAACUACUGGCGCCUCAACGACACAAGAAUCGACUACAGGUGCAUCGACUACACAAAAUCCCACAUCAACAGAAGAAUCAACAACGGCAGACCAAUCGACGACAAUUUCUUCAACUACACAACAAUCAACAACAGUUGA